GAGCGCCUUUACUGUAGUAGAAUCCGUGAUAUGGCGUCUUGCUUCACACGAGUCCGUCCAUACGAGUCCUGAGGCAUGAUUUUCAGAACGCAGACUGCUCUUUCACUGCUUUAAACCAGACUGACGCAAGACUACCGAACACCUGACCAGAUUUAGACGUUUUCCCUCAUUUUCAAACGCAUUUUUGCUCAUUUCCUGCAGUAUAAACUUGUUUAUUAGCUUUAGCCAGGUAGCUUGUAUUUGGGAAUUGGAAAAGUAUGAUCAGCCCGGCUGUGGAUUAAUCGUCCUAUCUCAACAGAAGAUUCAUUUUUCUCUUGUGAAACCGCAAUGUCACAUACUGUAGUAAAUAUAGCCCGUUGUUUUUGUUAUUCUAAAAGCAGAGCUGUCUGAAGUUGGUGUAGGUUUGUAAAAUACAGGAAAACUGGAGAUCACCGCGAGGAAAUCUGUUCAGGAGAGCAGACUAAAGCCCUUUCUGCCUUCAAACUCAUCAGUUUAAACCUAAUCAAGGCCGAAAAUCCACCCAAAGCCUUUUCAUUUCAUCUUCAGAGAGAUAAUAAAGCACAAAAACAGGCUGAUAUGAUGUUUCCACAAGCCAGGCACUCGGCUUCGUCUCAGUCGACCCAGCCACUCAAAUUCACCACGUCAGACUCUUGUGAUCGCAUCAAAGACGAGUUUCAGUUCCUGCAGGCACAAUAUCACAGUCUGAAGAUGGAAUGUGAUAAACUGGCGAGUGAGAAAUCUGAAAUGCAGCGUCAUUACAUAAUGUAUUAUGAGAUGUCAUACGGACUCAACAUGGAAAUGCACAAACAGGCGGAGAUUGUGAAGAGAUUGAAUGGAAUCUGUGCUCAGGUGUUGCCUUACCUGUCUCAAGAGCACCAGCAGCAGGUCCUGGGGGCGAUUGAGCGAGCCAAACAGGUCACCCCUCCUGAGAUGAACUCUAUUAUUCGACAGCAGCUUCAGGUUCACCAGCUCUCUCAGCUUCAGGGUUUGGCAUUACCCAUGACCCCUCUGCCCCUGGGCUUGACUCCGCCCACCCUGCCCGCCGUCACCUCCAGCUCCGGCCUCCUGUCUCUGUCCAGCAUCCUCGCGUCUCACGCACACCUGGCCAAGGAGGACAGGAGCUCCCGCGACGGGGCCGAGGGCCACCGCGAGGACGACGCAGACAAAUCCAACUAGCCUUCAUACAGACGCUUCGAUUCUGUGCAGAAGAAGAGCCAGCUCCUGUCUCACCAGAUUGGGUCUGAUUCAAUCUCUCUCUCUCUCUCUCUCUCUCUCUCUGUUACUACAGCGAAUCUUUAUUCUGUUUGAUUAAUUUUCUUUUCAUUAGUGGUGUUUGCUAAGGCUCUAUUAAUAUUGCUCAUACUUGGGGUUAGUGAUUUGAACAAACCCCAUCCCUAAAUCUUGAACUCCAGCAUGUAUCAAGGUCCUUAUCCAGAGACCUGACUAUAAUAGAGACUCUCAAGAGUCACCCAGAAUGCCUGGCAAUGCUCUCGCAACAACCUAGUAACUGCACGGUUGUCCUCUCAAGCACCCCAAACAUAACCACUCAAAAUACUUCUGAUACCUACUAGUCAAUAUAUUUCAUCAUAUUCUGUUCUGGGCAUAUCUAGUUAACAGUUUUAACACUCUGGUUACCCUGUCACAGGAAUGAAUAUACAUGUUUUACAUAAGACGACACAGUCUAUAUUGCCCUCAGAAAGGUAUAAAUGCCUUACGAAGGCCUUACCAAGUGUGUGUGUGUUAGUGUGUGUAGGACAGUGACCGAUGAA